GGUUUUAAAUGUUUACGUGACACAAUCGUUCUGCUUGAGUUCAACUUGUCAAUAGUAUCAAAUUAAAUUGAAGGCCGCGCGACUCUUCAAUGGCAUUUUUGGAAAAUGGGUAUAUCUUAUUACACUGAAGAAACCUAUGACUAAGCACUGAAAAAUAUUGCCACUCUAACAGGCAGCAAAGUUUUAAUUGUGUUCAGCUGGAAAUACCAAAAGAAUCACAGAUGUCAUCAGCAUCCGGCUCGUUAGGAUGGACAUGGAAAGGCCAUUUGGCGUAUUAUGACUACCAAACAAAAACAGAGAAACAAUUCAAGAAAGUGCCGAAGCUUAAAGGUGAACUCGACAAAGAAGAAAUCGUUCGUGUAUACAAAUGUUUUCAUCCGAUGGCUAUCACUUUGGACAAAGCCUUCCACGAAUAUGUUAUUUUCCGAGCCAAAAAAAAUGGAACGGUCUUCUUUCAUUCGAUCGAAAAGAACUCGGAAGAGAUAGUUUGGCAGAGAUCAAAGGAUUCGAAAGACGUUUUAUACAGGCUUAAAAAUGUGGCUCGUCCAUCGGGUAAGGUCUCGGAGAAAAGCGAUGUGGAAGGAGACAUCCAUGAUCUUAUAGAUUGGUUGGAAAACGAGAGUCAGAUUACUCGGAAAUACAAUGUUUUGUAUGAUAAUUGUCAACAUUUUGCAGCGAGUGUGUACGGUGCUGUAAACCAAUUCAAAGCAGAGGGAAUGCCUGAAGAUAUAAUGGCUCAUCCAGAAUUAAGCGCAUCAGACUCUGAUGCUGACAUGAUCGAUGCGUUCCAAAUUUUGAAUGAUGAGAUAACUCGGAGUUACCACGAGUAUGAACGUCGUCAAAAGCGGGGAUUAGCACCAGUAGAUCAUUAAAAAAUGGACUAAAUACAAACACAGAUUAAUAACGUUUAAAUAUUGGCUCUCACGAAAUCAUUUUUAUUACAUCCAAUUCGGUCAAGUAUGUGAAAAGACUAUUUUCAGUUUUGAUUUCAGUAUGUAGUCAAUUCCAUCAUUUCAAUUUGAAUGGUUUUGAUAUGAUAUGGUGGCAUACUGCUGCCGUAAGAUAAUAAGUAUCUUCCAUGGCCGAGAGUGUAAGAUAGGUUUUUCCCGACCCGAGCGUAGGAUGUUUUGCGGAAACGAGGUUCACCGAAUUUCUGCAAAACACCCUGCGCGAGUGUCGGGAUGAACCUAUCUUACACGAGCGGCUAUGGUAGAUGCUUUUUCUCCCACCUCAGUUAAACAAAACUAAUUAAAUAUGUAUUUUUGCUGGAACUCAUUUGUGCUUAGUGAAAAUAAUUGCGUAUUGAUAUGCGAUACCACGUGGUUGUCAUGGAUACGCGCGCAGUGAUCCAGUUAAUGUAAAUAGUCAAAUCGGUCUUUUUAAAUAGUUCUGGAAAAAUAGGAAAAUGAAGCAUUAUUUCUUGAAUGGUGCGUGAAAACUGUUUUUUGGGGACAUUUGAAGCGAGAAAUAAUUAAAUAGCGUUCUAAAUAUUACCAUAAGACAAGUUUUCCUUGAUGCUACCGACGACAGUCUUCAACAAGGGAGGUAAUUAUAAUGUGGUGACCGUUAAAAAGAAGUUCCAUACGGGCAUUUUAUCUUCGCCCGUGGGCAAGAUAAGAAUAUCUAGCAUGGUUAAAUUAUUGGAUCUACUUAUCUGAGGUGGGAGAAAACAUGAUAACGUUUGCAAAUUGUUUCGUAUUAGUUUCGGGAUAACAUUUAGCUAUCUAGUUAGACUAUUUGUAUAAAUAUGAAUAAAAUUUUGCAACGAACAUGCGUAGUAGUUUUUUUCCUAACUCUUCAUUCAGAAGUUUUUACAUCCAAAGAUGUUUUACCAUAUUGGCCAUGUAUCCUUACCAACCGCUACGGGAAAUGUUAAAUUAACAAUUGCAGCAGACACAACAACGUUGAAACAAGUGACACAACUUUACAAAUUAAAAAUGAUGAAUUUGAAAAACAAUUUUAACGUGAACUGGAGCCAUCACAGAAGCACUCGUAUAGUCAUAUAUUAAAAUUCUUAUUUAGUGUAUAACACCCACAUAAUACCAUAACCGUGUUCAUCCAAAACCAUAAUACUAUUCACUUUUUUACCAGGUUUUUAGCGAAAACAAUGUUAUUGGAAUGGAGAUGUUGUGGGGCGGAUGGGUGGGCGGGCGUCAUAUUUGGUUUCCGCCCAAUAACUAGCUAGCAUUGAUGGACAGUAAUGAAAGUUGGUGUGUAGGUAGCUUUUUGAAGAGAUACAAUGGAAUGGUUUUUGAGUGGUAAAUGUCAAGGUCACUGUAACUACAUAUAAAAAAGUAAAAAUAAGUAAGAAUUGAUGUAAAGUGAUGACAGUUGUUGUGUUGGUAGCUUAUGCGAAGAGCUAGCGUUUGAGAGACUAGGGGUCAAGGUCAAGUUCACUGUUAUUGAAAAUUUAAAAUUCGUUUUAGCAGGGGCGGUUCCAGGAAAUGACGACAUAUGGAUAAUAUCUUAGGGGCACAACACUGGCCCCUCCCUUUAAUCUUUUUUUCAAACAUUUCCCUUUUUUCAUAAAACUGUAAACUUAGACGAUUUGAGGGGGAGUGGGGGGUGCACCGGGUGCCACCAUCCCUUUUGGACUUGCUAGUGAUAUCACCAUAUGUAAUUAUUAUCAGUAGAGUAUAUAUGUAAAUGAGUAGUCAAACACAUUUGAGACAAGCUUUCUAGAAAGAAGUGUAUAUACAUUCUGGAGAAGAGACCCUUUAAAGGUAGAUUAUAAGUAUCUUCCAUGGCC